UUCCGAAAUUUCGUCUUGCAAAUCGCACAGGUUGGUGUCAAUCAUUCUCUCGCGAGAGCAGGUAUGCCUAAUAAUGAAUUUCCUGUACGCAUUCGCUACUUAAUUGGUCAGACUGAUCUCCGUUCCCCGCUUCAUGGGAAUUGUUAUCCUAAUCUUCCUCGUUGUUAUUGCUAUCGUUAUCGUGCUACUGCAGUGCAAUCUCUAGAACGGAGCUAA